UCCUCACCAAAGGCAGGGAGACAACAGAGCCAUUUUGACUGCUUAGGUGUGUGAAGAAGCGGCCGACCAUCCAAACAACCGACCGGACCACCUUCCUGGGUCCCCACACAAGACAGGGCAGAGGGGGGAGGGUUGGCAGGCACAAGACACUGUCGGUGGUAACCUCAGUUUUAAUGGAGAGGAGAGGCUGUUAGCAGGGGCAGUGCCAGACCUGGAGGAGACCAGAGGAGGUGGAAGUAGCUACGGGGGCUGGAUAAUAAAGCAGGAGCACGAAAAACACGGUCUCUAUACGGGGGGAGACGUUAUUGGCACUGCGGAGACUUGUGGGCCCUACACCUGGGCACUAAAGAAGGUGCUAGGAAGUCAGCACCAUGGCAGCGGCCUCUGUGAAGGUGGCUGUGCGGGUCCGCCCCUUCAAUAGCAGGGAGAUCGGAAAAGAAAGCAAAUGCAUCAUUCAGAUGUCUGGAAACACCACCACCAUCAUCAACCCCAAGCAGGCCAAAGACAACAAGAGCUUCAACUUUGAUUACUCCUACUGGUCCCACACCUCGCCCGAGGACAUCAAUUUUGCCUCUCAGAUGCUAGUGUACAAAGACAUCGGAGAGGAAAUGUUGCUGCAUGCCUUCGAAGGAUACAACGUCUGCAUCUUUGCUUAUGGUCAGACGGGCGCUGGCAAGUCGUACACCAUGAUGGGCAAACAGGAUGUCAAAGAUCAACAAGGAAUCAUUCCCCUGAUGUGUGAAGAUCUUUUCACGAAGAUAAAUGACAAUGCAGACAACAGCAUGUCUUACUCUGUGGAGGUAAGCUACAUGGAAAUCUACUGUGAACGUGUGCGGGACUUACUGAACCCCAAAAAUAAAGGCAACCUGCGUGUUCGAGAACACCCUCUGAUGGGGCCUUAUGUGGAGGACCUGUCUAAGCUGGCUGUCACUUCCUACAAUGACAUCCAGGACCUGAUGGACUCUGGCAACAAGGCCAGGACUGUGGCUGCCACCAACAUGAAUGAGACAAGCAGUCGCUCGCAUGCUGUCUUUAAUAUCAUAUUCACUCAGAAACGUCAUGAUGCUGAGACUGAUAACACCUCUGAGAAGGUCAGUAAAAUAAGUCUGGUGGAUCUGGCUGGCAGUGAGAGGGCUGAUUCUACUGGAGCCAAAGGGACCAGGCUUAAGGAAGGAGCAAAUAUCAACAAAUCUCUAACUACACUGGGGAAAGUCAUCUCUGCUCUGGCAGAAGACUCUGGGUCGAAUAAGAAUAAAAAGAAGAAGAAAGUGGAGAGCUUCAUUCCCUACAGAGAUUCAGUUCUGACCUGGCUACUGAGAGAAAAUUUGGGGGGGAAUUCUCGUACCGCGAUGGUAGCAGCCUUGAGUCCAGCUGACAUCAACUACGAUGAGACCCUCAGCACCCUCAGGUACGCAGACCGCGCCAAACAGAUUCGCUGUAAUGCUGUAAUCAAUGAAGAUCCCAACAACCGAUUGGUGCGCGAGCUGAAGGAGGAGGUGUCUCGCCUGAAAGAUCUCCUCUACGCCCAGGGCUUGGGUGACAUCAUUGAGAUGACCAAUGCCAUGACGGGGAUGAGUCCCUCUCCGUCUAUCACAGCCUUGUCCAGCCGCGCCGGAUCCAUUGCCAGUCUGCAUGACCGCAUCAUGUUCAGCCCAGGCAGCGAAGAGGCCAUCGAGAGGCUGAAGGAAACAGAGAAAAUCAUUGCUGAACUCAAUGAGACUUGGGAAGAGAAACUUCGCAGGACAGAAGCCAUUAGAAUGGAAAGAGAGGCCUUGCUGGCAGAAAUGGGUGUAGCAAUGCGAGAAGAUGGUGGGACAGUUGGCGUGUUCUCGCCUAAGAAGACACCUCAUCUAGUGAACCUCAACGAGGAUCCUCUGAUGUCUGAGUGCCUGCUGUACUAUAUUAAAGACGGGAUCACCAGGGUAGGACGUGUAGACGCCAGCAGUCGUCAGGAUAUAGUACUCAGCGGCCAUUUCAUCAAGGAUGAGCACUGCACCUUUACCAGUUCGACUGGUCCAAUGGGAGAAACAGUUGUCCUAGAGCCCUGUGAAGGAGCUGAGACAUAUGUCAAUGGCAAAAGAGUGACGGAGCCCACGGUCCUCAAAUCGGGAAAUCGCAUCAUCUUGGGGAAGAGCCAUGUGUUCCGGUUCAACCACCCUGUGCAGGCCAGAGCUGAGAGGGAGAGGACCCCAUGUGCCGAAACCCCUGUUGAGCCUGUGGACUGGGCCUUCGCCCAGAGGGAGCUGCUCGAGAAGCAGGGCAUUGACAUGAAACAGGAAAUGGAACAGAGGCUGCAGGAGUUGGAGGACCAGUAUCGCAAAGAAAGAGAGGAGGCCAAUAACCUUCUGGAGCAGCAAAGACUGGAUUAUGAGAGCAAGCUGGAGGCUCUUCAGAAGCAAGUGGACCGUUACUACCCAGAAGCUCCUGAAGAAGAGGAAGAGCCAGAAGAGGAAGUGCAAUGGACAGAGAGAGAAAGAGAGAUGGCUGUGUGGAGCUUUCGUAAGUGGCGCUGCUACCAGUUCACCUCUCUCCGUGACCUGUUAUGGGGGAAUGCCAUCUUCCUAAAGGAGGCCAAUGCCAUCAGUGUGGAACUAAAAAAGAAGGUUCAGUUCCAGUUUGUCCUGCUCACAGACACUCUGUACUCCCCCCUGCCGCCAGACCUGUUGCCCCCAGAGGCGAGUAAGGACAGAGAGAUACGACACUUCCCACGCACCAUUGUGGCUGUGGAGGUGCAGGAUCAGAAAAAUGGAGCCACCCACUACUGGACAUUAGAAAAACUAAGGCAGAGACUGGAUCUCAUGAGAGAGAUGUAUGAUCGCGCUGCUGAUGUGCCCAACAAUACCACUGAAGACUGUGAAAAUGUGAUGACUGGAGGGGACCCCUUUUAUGAUCGCUUCCCCUGGUUCCGUCUGGUUGGCAGAAACCCCAUUUUCAAGACAUGCAUGAGCGAGCGCAUGAGUGACCCAACCCCAUCCCCGACCCUCUCCACCUCUGAAAUUACUGAGUUGGCUGACCCGCAGCGGGAGGGUCGAGGGGAGGAGGAGGAGUUGGAGGAGUUAGAGGACCUGGACGAUGAUAUCUUUUUGGACGACCCGUGCCUGGAGCUCGGGGGAGAGGAUGAUGAUGAUGAUGAUGAUGAUGAUGAGGAUGAUGAUGAGGGAGAGCUCUGCCAAGGCUCCAGCGAAGGCCAGGAUCCCUUUUACGACCGCUCACCAUUAUUCAGUGUAGUGGGAAGGGCUUUUGUUUAUUUGAGUAACCUGCUGUACCCGGUUCCUCUUGUCCACCGCGUGGCCAUCGUCAGCGAGAAGGGAGAAGUGAAGGGCUUCCUCCGCGUGGCGGUGCAGGCCAUAUCAGCUGAUGAGGAAGCUCCCGACUACGGCUCAGGAGUGAGGCAGUCGGGCACUGCCAAAAUCUCAUUUGAGGACCAGCAGUAUGAAAAGUUCCAGUCCGAGUCCUGCUCCGUAGGACUGUCCCGUUCAGGGAUUUCCCAGGAGGAGCUUCGUAUAGUGGAAGGGGAGGGGCAGAAUGCAGAAAUGGUACCCUCAGCCGAUGAGGUCAACAACAACACAUCUGGUGCGGAUGAGCUGGAGAAUCCGCUGAAGGCCAGUUUGGAUGGCCCGCUUGACACAACCCUGGAGCACCUGAAGAUUGGUAACGUCUUUACCUUCAGGGUGACUGUCCUGCAAGCCUCCAGCAUCUCUGCAGAAUAUGCUGACAUCUUCUGCCAGUUCAAUUUCAUCCACCGCCAUGAUGAGGCCUUUUCCACUGAACCCUUAAAAAACACAGGCCGUGGCCCUCCUCUUGGCUUCUACCAUGUGCAGAAUAUUGCUGUUGAAGUUACUAAAUCCUUUGUUGACUACAUCAAGACUCAGCCAAUUGUGUUUGAGGUGUUUGGACACUACCAGAAACAACCUUUUCUUCCUCUCUGUAAAGACGUCAUCAGUCCACUACGCCCCUGCAGAAGACAGUUCCCACGAGUGAUGCCUCUGUCCAAACCAGUACCUGCCACCAAGCUGACAGCCAUGACCCGCCCGCAGGCAGGACCCUGCCACAGCAAAUAUGAUCUCAUGGUAUUCUUUGAGAUCUGCGAGCUGGAGGCCAAUGGAGACUACAUCCCUGCAGUGGUGGACCACAGAGGGGGAAUGCCUUGCCAUGGCACAUUUCUGCUGCACCAGGGCCUUCAGAGGAGAAUCACUGUGACCAUUGUACAUGAGUCAGGAGGUGAUAUGGAAUGGAAGGAAAUACGUGAGCUUGUUGUGGGACGCCUACGCAGCACUCCUGAAGCUGAUGAGACCAUCAUUGACCCCAAUAUUCUCUCUCUCAACAUCUUGUCUGCUGGGUAUGUCAGGCCCAUGCAAGAUGACCGACAGUUUCUUGAUUCGGACAUGCCUAGGACCUUCUACCGCUUCGAGGCAGCAUGGGAUAGCUCCAUGCACAACUCCCUGUUACUAAACCGAGUCACUCCAUAUGGGGAGAAGAUCUACAUGACCCUCUCUGCCUACUUGGAGAUGGAGAACUGCACCCAGCCUGCAGUCAUAACCAAAGAUAUCUGCAUGGUGUUUUACUCUCGAGACACAAAGCUCUCAGCCUCCCGCUCUAUCCGAAACCUUUUUGGUACUGGAAGCCUGAGAGCCGCGGAUGGAAACCGUGUAACUGGAGUUUAUGAGGUCAGCCUGUGUAACCUGGCAGAUGCAGGAAGCCCAGGUAUGCAGAGGAGACGCAGGCGGGUGCUGGACACCUCAGUGGCCUACGUCCGUGGGGAGGAGAACCUUGCUGGGUGGAGGCCGCGUAGUGACAGCCUCAUUCUGGAUCACCAGUGGGAGCUGGAGAAACUCAGUCUACUUCAAGAUGUGGAGAAGACCAAACAUUACCUGCUGCUGAGGGAGAAACUGGAGUCUACUCUGCUAAUGGGCCAGGAGUCCCUGCUGUCCUGUGUCACUGAGGAGCUCAGUGAGUCUCCUCAGCCCCCUGAACCCGACCACGAGGUCAGCUCCUGCUCUGAAAUCACCACUGAUAGGCAGAGGGAACUCGCUGCCAAGUGCUUGCGGCUGCUCACUCACUCCUUCAACCGAGAAUACAGCCAUGUGUGUGUCAGUGCCAGCGAAAGCAAGAUCUCAGAGAUGUCUGUCACAACGCUAAGAGACUCCCCUUCAGUCUCUGCUCUCAAUACAAUCACACCCUCCACAACAUGCCCUUCUCUGGUUGAGGGUUGCUAUGUUAACGCUGAACUCAGACCCCCUACGCCUCGCUCUCGUGCCGUCAGCCCCGGUCCUGACACACCGCAGGACGCAGAGGCCAAAAAGUCCAUCAAUGGAGCCUCUGACACCAAACCCCGGCCCCGCAAAUUUGUCCCUGAUAUCCAAGAGAUUAGAGUCAGCCCUAUUGUGUCAAAGAAGGGUUACAUACAUUUCUUGGAGCCACACACCAACGGAUGGGUGAAGCGUUAUGUUGUUGUGCGGCGGCCGUACGUCUACAUCUACAACACAGAGAGAGACACUGUGGAGCGGGCCAUACUCAACCUCUCCUCUGCCCAGGUGGAGUACAGUGAGGACCAGCAGGCAAUGCUGAAGACCCCAAACACAUUUGCCGUGUGUACAGAACAUCGUGGGAUAUUGCUUCAAGCCACUAAUGACAAAGAGAUGCAUGACUGGCUGUAUGCGUUUAAUCCUCUGCUAGCUGGAACUAUCAGGUCGAAGCUGUCGAGAAGACGAGCCGGACAGAUGAGGAUGUGACUAAGCAAAUAUCAAGAGAGAAGGAUGAACACAAAGACUAAGAUGUACAUAGAUCCUUGUCCUUAUCCCUCCCCUUGUGCUGAGCCCCAUCCUCGCCCCCCUCCCCAACACAGUCACCAACAACCAUCUUUCCCCUGUACGUUCUCAGUUUAUCACUAGUGUCCUCAGCACCUAAAGCGCCCAUUUCUUGUCAGGCCUUUGCUGCGGUGUGAGUCUCGUAGUCUGAAGAACCUCUUCAUAAAGCUGUCACUGUACUGGAGUUUAUUCAUAGCUGGACGAAUGAAGAAAAUGGAGGAAGUAGCAACAGUUUCAUAUCUCAGAUUACAUACGUAUGGUAAUGUACUGUAGUUGUUGUCAGUGACACAUCAAGCCUUAUACAUUUAUUCCUUAAAAAAUGCAGUGACAUUUACUUUUUACCUAAAGCUGCCAUGUCAGUGAGGAUCACAUUGCUACAUUUGCAUCCGUAAAAAUAGGCAAACAUGCAGAUUCUUCUCUACUCUACUCUACGGCUAUACAUAAUAUAUACAGUGUCUGAACUGGUUUGCAUACAACGUACAGCUAUAAAAUACAUGCUAAAAGAAAAAAAAUGACACUUCAGUGUAACUCUUUAGAAUAACUCUCUUUUCUUUGUGGUCCAUGAAUCCUGACAUUGAGUAAUCUGCCUCCUAUUCCUAAAACCUCAUUGAAAUUUUAGCACACAGCCUGGCAAGGGAAUGGCAUAUCAUCAUAGACUUCAUGUUCUUGUGGCAUUUUGAUUAGUUUAUGUCGUUUUAGCUACUUGUAGGAGCACCAUGGGUAUCUACAUUCACACAAGUAAUCAAAUAUCAUCACCAAUAAUCCUCUCACGUUAAUCUCAUUCUCUACCUGAAUUUUAGUUCUUUUAAAAUGUGAUAUAUUUAGAUAUUUAAUAGCUUUAUUAUUUAUUUCUGCAUGUAUUUAUUUACAAAGACAUUUAUAUUUCUAAAGUAGUAGUACCGUGCAAUUUCUGCACACCGCACUUUUUAAUAUGAGUUCCUUAAAUGUUUGAAUAAAACAACCUUGUCCCCUUGUAGUUAAUGCUAUUUAAACAAUUGAAUAACUUAAUGAUUGGCUACUUUCUUUAUGCUGAAGAUUACUUGAAUAAUACUGUCCCCUUUAAGAUUAGGAUAGUCACACGUGACCUUUGACCCAACUAACAUACAUCUGAAAAGGUCAAUAUAUUGUUAGGUAGAGAAUAUUAAGGUGGUAUGUCCACCCUGAGCUGCACAAAGCUACCUUGAUAAAUGAUCAGAAGUAUAAACUGUUCCUCACAGUACAGAAUAAGAAGCUGGUUUUCUGAAUGAUAUGUAUAUUGAUUAAAUGUAGUGCCUCUCUUUUCAAUCAUACUGUACAGUAUGCCUCUGCACCAGUUGCUUUCAAACUACAUCCUUCAUGCUGCUAUAAUACUGUUCUGGAAGUGUCUGCAGAUCAUAUCACAUCACUCUCCUGCUUUUCAUCAUCAUCACUUACAUAUUCAGACAAAAAAGGUAUCAUUCAUGUUGAUGUUACAUAAUACGGCAGUCAGCUGUCAUAUUGUAUGGAAUUUCCACAACACAGAGUAUACUUCAUGUUUAUACAUUAAGAUCGUCAGGAUUGUUAGAACACAUAUGUCUAUAUUUGUAAAACAAUCAUGCUAUGAAUUGAAAAAAAAUCAAUGUUGUUGAAGGUCUGUUUUUUAUCCCUUCAGCUGAUCUUGGAUGAACUUUGCAACUGUGCAUCUUCUAUUGCAUUUCAUUCAAAGUGACUGAAUCUGAAACUGAGCCUGUUCAAAUACUAGUGACAGAUAAAGCUUGUGAGAUGUUGUGUAAAGUUUGAAUGAUGAGCGUGCCUCAGGUCAGCCAGCCUAGACAGCAUGCCCAAUGACAGUACUUCAUACUAGGACAACAUCUCAAAGCAUUAAACUGUUAUUUUUAUCAAAAUAUUGGCAAAGUAAGUUUUAGCAGGGGAUAUUAUAACAGGCAUUAAGUAUUUUGUUUUUAUUUUAGCUGCUGAGGUAAUUGUAUACCAUACUCUACUAUAAGAAUAUUUCCUGACACUGUAAAGUAUUCUCUGUGUUGUGGACAUAUUUUGAAGUGAUCCAAUCAAAACAUUUUACAGCCCUACAUGUGUGCACAACUGUUAGUAGUUGUGGUUAAUCAAUCUUUGCUUUGUUGUGUAACAAGUUGAGUGAUCAAUGUUAUGAUCAAAGUCUACGGCAGACUUUCUCUGCAGAGCCUGCAGUUGUAUUUUAUCCAGCUAUAGCAUUGAGGAAUACCCUGACGUACUGUACAUUACACUGUCUCUAGCACUCCUUUCUGUGUGCGCUCGGGAUUGCUCCAGUCUGAUCUCUGUGUUGAGAUUAUUCCUCGUGUUUUCUUUUAAUGUGCAUCACAUUUGAGCCAACCAAAGUUUUGUUGGUGCAGUCACACACACAAAAAUCACACUGAAUGUACAUUGAUAUUUGAAAAUACUUAUUCUGCAGGAGUGGCUGUGUUGACUUGUCUUCUGGUUUCACAGUCUGGUUCCUUAUUGAUUGUAGGUAGGUAACUAUCAGGGAACCAAAUGGACGUUGUGGGAUAUACCUGUAAUAAUCUGUCCACUGAUGUGUGGGGGAAGGUUGGUUCCUUACGGCCCUGUUAGGCAUUGCAUCUUGCACAGAGUAAUGCUGUAGUUAUUUUACUGUCACACUAACUCUUAUAUGUACCUUCACCAUCAUGCUCUGACAGCCUUCACAAAAUCUACUUUUUUCUAAUCCCUCCCCAGCCCUUUGAAGGAAUAUCAUUUACAUUUUUGUGCUUCCACACCUAAUCUUUUUUUUUUUUGCACUAUCAAAUUGCACCGGUACAUUUCUUUUUUUUCCUCUUCAAAUUAUUUUGCAUUGUAUAUAAACAUGAUUGCUGUGAACAGUGUAUUAUAAAGUUGCACCCAUUUACAAAAUCAUGAAUGGGCAGUAGUUCAGUCAGUGUCUCUGAGUGUUGGAGUUUAGCGUCAAAUGUUUGUGUACACUAAACACGUUGUCAUAUAUUAAAUAAACAUGGAAA